CCCCUACCCCCUACCCCCGGCCUCAGGCACAAAGAAGCAAGCGCUGCGCUGCUUUCGAGGUAUGCAGUUUCUGAAAACGAAUCGCCCGUUUCCUCUGUACCUUAAAAAACAAUUCUUAGUUUAAAUAGUGACGAGCUGCCAACCCUCUCUCUGCUCUGUGUAGGAAAAACUACAUUAGAGGUAAAAAGGCCAUUAAGAAGACAUGUCAGCUCUCUGGCCAAAGAAGCCUAUAAGAUAUUCCCCCGAAGCCGAAAUACACUCCAGCUCAGCGAUGAGAAAGAAAGCGACCGUGAGCAGCAUGCACCGGCUGAUAAGAGACGAUUCAGAGACACUGCAGUGGGACAGCAGGGCUGCAGCCACAGCAAGCGAUGCUGAGCAGGACGAUACAUCUAGCAGUGUAGUUUCAACAGAAUCCACAGCAGAAGUCCUUUCACCUACUGCCAUUUUGACCAUAACUAAACUCAAAUGCCAACUAGAAAGCAAGCAGGAAAGGAUCACCUAUCUUGAAAAACAGGUUGAAGAUCUCCAGCAAGAUCGCAGCUUUCUUCGUUCACAAAUUGAGAAUUUAACCAGAGGUCCAAAGACGACUGAAGAUACUAAGCCAAGGAAAAGGUCCAGAACAACCUCCAGUAGCUCAGCAUUCAGCAUGGACAGUGGCUCUGACAUGUCAUUGACAACAGUGUCUUCAGCAACUUCCAGUGAGGUCAAAAAAAGAAAGCAUCACAAAGACAAAAGGAGGGGCAAGAAAUCGAAGGAUUACAGCAGAAAAAGAGCAACUGGUGUGCAGUAUGUCAUUCAUCGAUACAAGCAGGUGCUGUCGACCUUCAACAAGAAGAAAAGCAUGAGCGGCGCUUUCCGACAUUACGGCAUUGACAGGAACACCAUUGCUAACACAGCACCCAUAGCAGAGUUACACCUCGCAGCCAAAGACAUGCUGUCGGUAGUUGGACUCUUCAAUUCACGUGAAGAGACACUGGUUAAAUACGCACAAAAAUGUGCCACUCUCAUGGAAAAUGAUGAGAGCCUGUCCCGGAAAAUCGAGUUAAUGAAAGCUACUGGGGAGCUGUUGCCAAUAACAGCCAAAAAAUCAAAAAAUCAUGAUAUAAAAGCAGAAAAGCAUUAGACAAGUAGAUCCAUGACAAUGAGGUGGAGCCAUCAGGUCCUCGAUGAUAAAUAUCUAAACUAAUGAUAAUUGGCCUGCAGAUCAAUUAAAAAAAAAAAAAAAAAAAAAAAAAAACAUUUUCAUCUAAAUGGUUUGGAGUUAAUUAAUCAUUAUUUCUGGUGCACUUGGGAAUGCCUUAUUUUGGAAGAUAAGAUUUUUAAAAUUUUAUACGCGAUUCUUGGGUUUAAACUAUUUCUAAAACUUGUUCUGGGGAGUGACAGAGAGACUAGAUAUGGACAGUCCAAUUGGACAAAAUAAGCAAGCCAUUAAACAAGGGGCUUGGGUUUUGAAUUAUUUUUGUUUCUUCUAUGCAUUUAUUUUUAAUUACAAAUAAAUACAUUUCAAUAGGGAUGGCAUGAAAUAAUGGUUUAUUGUGAUACCAGUACAGUAAUCACAUAUAUAUAUAUAGAGAGAGAGAGAGACCUGUGAAAUUAUUUUUUAUAAUUUUGUUUUAUUUUUCACAAAUUCCAUUUUAUUUCAUUUUAUCCGCUAACAGUUUUAUUCCGUUUUAUUAGACACACAUUAAUACAAUAAUUCAAGUAGAUGUAUAUAAAUAAAAACAAAGUAUACAUCAUGUUUUAACUGUAUACAUAGUUUUUUUUUAAAACAACAUCCGCUUGUUUUUAAACAUUGACAUAAACAGACCAAGCACAGAAAAAUUGAGUUACCAUCAUUUUUAGCAGCAGUAACGGUAAUGUAUGCGAAGUCCCCCACUAUUUUUAAUUAACUACUGAUUUACAGUAAAUACUGCCAAUGCCCUCUAUAAAAAUACAAUAAGAUAAAAUAUAUAUUUAUACUGCUCUACUAUUUCCUCGACAGCUACGAUUGCAUUUAUUUAAAGUAUUUUUUGUGUAAACCUCCCAAUUUAAAAAUGUAAUUCUAUGUUUGCAUUAUAAGAUUUUUUUAUUUUAUAUGUUGUAUUUCUCAUUUGCGAAAAGCAUGGGUCUCUCUCUCUCGUUUUUGGAAAUUCAGGCCUGUGAUUUGUUUAAAACCUUACCAUAGAAUGAACUAUUGCCCUCACAUCCUUACACCACCGGGCAAUAGGCUCUGUCUGUCAUGUGAUUGGUUCACAUCACUGUCAGUCCCAUCCCUUACCAAAGCAACGCCCUCCAUGUUAUUUAGUUAGUUACUUAUGCUGUAUCAGAUAUAUUUAAACAUACUGUAAAGCCAUAAAUAUUUGUGACCAAAAUAUUUGGCGAAUCGCAGCCAUAAAACCUGUUUUACUCCAGAAAUGUUGCCGACCUGUUGCACUGGUAGUAGUAUAUUACUUCAUUGUAUGUACAGCACUAAGAUAUUCAUGCCAAAAAUAUACACAAAAAACUCAUAAUAAAAGGCUCGCAAAUAUUUAUGGCUUUACAGUAUUUAAAGUCAUAUUUACUGUCCAAGCUUGCCUCUCAUUAUUUUGACUGACUAAUAGUGGAAAAUUAAAUGCCCCUCGUGAAGACUAUUGUUUCCUGCUGCUUUGGGCAUUUUAGCCCCCUGUCGGUAACAAUAGUCUAUAUAUAUAUACACUUAUACACAAUGAGAACGCAACACUCACAUCUAAUGCAUUUAAUCAAAUAUUUUAAACAUAGAUACAAAAUCACAGAAAAUGUGAACAAAAAUACACACUGUCAAAAUGAAAACAUUACGAAGUUAGUAUCGGGUAUGACCUCCCUGAGCUUUAACACAAUCCUGGCAGCGUUGACGCAUAGACCUGAUCAGCCUCUGGAUAGACUGUUCUAUGGGACUCAGGAGAAAAAUCUGACCCCGGCAAAACCCCGACAUUGUUUUCUUGAAGUCAUGCAAUUGUAAACCUAGCACUGUGUUGUCUUGCAUUGUCUUGCUGGAAAAUCGACACUUCCAGAUUGGCUUGUAGGAAUGGAAAAACUGUUGCCUCAAGGACUUCGUCAGUGUAUCGCUGACCAGUAAGGUUGCCCUCAGUCUGCACCAAAGGCGUUCUUGUGUUAAAGGAGAUUCUUCCCCACAUCAUCACACUUCCACUGUCCCACCGGUUGGUUUGAACAACGUAACAGUCAGCAUACACUCACCACAACGUGGAGGGCAGGUCUGGUGACCCUCUGCUUUCCAGGACAUGGCCUGUCCUUCGCAGAGCUGGUUUCUCUGGACUAGUCUGCUGAUUGUUGAAGCAAAGCAUCUCAUUCUCGGGGCAACUUCUGUCACAGACAGACCGCCUUCAAUCAUGCCAAUAGCAACCAGGUGAUCUUCAUUACUCAAGUGGGGCAUGGUCGUAUCUUUCGCUGUUGCGUUAAUUAAAAGUCUUUUUGAAUGGCUAUUUAUAUAGAAACUCAUUUUGGCAAUUUUAACUCAACUCAAAUACCAAACACUGAGCAUUUGGUGUUUUUAUGAAAUCACAUGACUUGAGCUUGGUAUUUUGUUAUCCCCAGGAACAAUACUACUCAAACAAUCAACAAACCUAUCUGCUUGCUAUUUAAAAUGUAAAUAACAUUAUGUAUGUGUCCAAUGAGCUGUUGAUGUAAAACUUGCGUUUUCAUUGUGCAUCUGUGUAUUUGAUUAUCAUUGAUAGUGAUAGAUGCACACAUUAUUCCAAAAGAUUGCAACGCACCCAGAAUAUUUGCACGUGUCUGUUAGGCCUUUGUGGCAAGACUUCUAUGAGGAAAAUUCCAAGCCACAAUAAAACCACCUAAUAAAUAUAUAGCUGCAGUAUUCAGUUUGGCUUAAUUAGGUAUUAUAUUUAACUAAAAACUUUGUUACCUUAUUUGGUUUCUAAUCACUGCAAAAACAGGUGUUUACAAUGUACUUUGUAUUAAAUUACCGUAAUUUAGUGGUUUAUAUUGUGAGAGUUUUUUUUUGUGAUUUCCUUUUAAAGGCUUGUCCUGUGACCUCUUAAUAUUUUACUAAUAUGUUUACCAUAUGAAACAAACGGACAUCUGGAUACACGUGUUUAGGAAUGAUCAAUACAGAGGUUACAUAAUCUAUACAAAACACACAUCAGAUUCUCUUCAUAGUCCAUACAUUACAUUGUGUGCACUUUGUGUGCUACUCAAAACGGCCCACAUGGCGAUUUAUCAGAAAAAUCAUUAUUUGGACUUCAAAAAUGAAUUCGGGGAAUUAAAAAAUCAUUAACUAGAAGCAGUGUUCCGCAUUUUCGGUUUUUAUCUUUAAAAAAAAAAAUACAGGAAUUUUUCGGAGUUUAUUUUACAGCAAGUUUUUAAUUGAAACAUUGGAAAAGAAUCUCAGUAUACACAUUUUACAUGUGGAAUAUGAUGCGUAACAGUUCUGGUUUCUGAUUAAGUUUAAUGUCCCUGGCAUGUAUGAUGAAGUAGAAUCUGUGCAAGUCGAGGCCACAUUUUCCCAAGUUAGCUGGUACUUUGCAAACGUUUGGGCAAUCGCUGUGCUGACAGAGCAAGUAUCUACAGAAGGUAUGAACAUGACAUCAGCACAAAACAGGUUUAUUCGCCUUGAAAUCAUAAAAAUAAAAGAAAAUUGACAGAACUGGGCGGUGCAAGCCACUGGGAGAUGCGUCAAAAAUCACACUGGACAAUUCCAUCAAUGCCUUACAUAAGUUUACCAAAGCAUCACCAUUUUCUGUCAAAUAUUUACGAUUAAGAUUGACAGUGUUUUAGCUGAUGGACAGUACCGUCGCACGAAGUCACCAAUACAUACCUCUCUGCAGUCUGCAAUAAACAGUGGCUGUCCAGCAAAGCACAGUGCUCUGACAAACUCAUCAACUAAUUAACACAGUCAUUCUGCGCUCUCGUUUUAUUUAAGCGUUUUAUUAAACCGAUUGCGUGUCUCUCUGUUCACUUUAUUGUUUUAGUUUAAUGUGACGCUUAUUUUUCUGUUCUUUUAUUGUCAGCGUAAACAUCUCAGUGCAGCAGUAUUUGCAGCGCAGUGCAUCUUCUGCCUCAUUUGACCCACUUCUGCUAUUUUUGCUUUUUGUAUACUUCAAAACAUUUAUUUUCUUUUAAAUAUUCAUAAACUGAUUUACGUUUUCUCCCCAUUUCUCAUCCACUAAAAAUAUUAUAUUUUCGAUAUUUCAAUUUAGUUUUUGAUCAAGCUAGUAGUUACCACGUCCAGCAUUGCCACAGUAAUCAGACUUUGAUUGGCCAAGGUAAAUUGGGUGAUAAUGUGUUUGUGAAGUGACAGAGAACCAUGUUUCAACGUUAUUUGAUCCUCUGACGUCUAAACGUCUACUGUAUCGUAGGAUACAGUGUAGGGCUGCUUAUUACAAUGUCCGAGUCAAAAUAAAACAGCAUUUUAAUCAAAAUAUUGAGUAUUUUCUAGAAAAUAGUACCGGGAAAAUUUUGAAUAAUAGACAAAAAUGAUGUACAUAUCGUGAAAUUCAUAUUAGUCAAGCUUCAAUCUUACUUGGAUGGCCCUAUUGCUGUAUUUGAAUAACUAUUUUAUUAACAUACUAGUUAAUGGCAUGUAUUAUUAUUAUUAGGGCAUUUACAUUUCUAAAGCUAACACAUUUGUAUUUUUACAGGUAUUUAAGUUAUAGGUUCUAUAUUUAGCCGAGAAGAACGUCCCCUAUACUGUUACAUGACUGGUAAAUAGAAUCACUUGUUAAAGCCGUACAGUACAGUACAGUGCUUUCAUAUAACAAGGGUUGCGUUGUGAUUUUUAUCUUAACAAGUUUGUAUUGUCAGUGUUAAAAAAUGGUGAAUGUUCAAAUCCCCAGUUUUAACAAUUAUUAUACUUGCCAUUAGAUGCAGGUAUUUGAAUUAGUCUGUACCUAUAUUGUACAUUUUGCUUUACUUUGCAAAAUAUACAAGCGUGUAUAGUUCACUGCAGAAAUCCUAGCAUCACGUGUGUGUGAGUCAAAUGUCUGAUCAGGUUUUUAGAGAAACCUAACCAGCUCUCGUACUAUGUGCAAAGUGAGUGCCUGGAGGUGCAAGGAUUUAACUGAACUGGUUGGUGUUCCCCUGUAUUUGUACUGUACUGGCAUCAAGCUCCAACCUUAAGAUGAUUCAGAAUCAGGUUGUCUGAGAAAUGGCCGAAUUGUUUGGGAUGCUGUUACUGUAGCAUGCAAAGCACUGUUGGGCAUGUUGAUGUUUGGAUUCACUCUCAAGUCCACUGUUCACAUUGUGCUCUAUAAGCAAAAUGGCAAGAUCCUAGAAUUGAGAGCGCUGCGAAUGGGGCUCAGAGGAAGUCUGCUCUGUUCUGGUCUAAGGAACUUGUGCUGAAUGCCCCUGGUCAUUUUCAGGAGUUUGAAGCAGUGUAGUAUAAAUCUGUGUCCACUCAGCCACAAGAAGUCUUACCAGUAUAGCAUGAAUCAUCCAUUUUUUUCUACAAGAGUCCUGUCUACUAGUCGGUCGGCCUGGGUGUGCUGUUUAAGCAAACUGGGGAAUGAAACUGCCGUAAAUGUUUUAAAUACCAGUUUAUAUGUGCUGCUCUUGUCUGUCUCCAGUGUUUUUCCAAGUUAGUUUUACUGUUCUUUGGAUUUGGGGUUUUCAAAUGUUUCACAUUUACUGAUGAUUCAUGUCUUUGCUAUGUUGCGAGAAUCUUGGGAUUGGCAUAGGUUUGACACCAAACCCAUGCCGAAGGUUGUAAUGCUGCAAUUACUGAAAUGGAGGUUAACAAAUAAGAAUUUGUAUAAGUAAGUUUUGAAUGAAUGAGCAUUAUUCUUACAGGAAUACAUAAAAUAGCAAUAUAAUGCAGUGUUGGGAAUGAGUUACUUUUAAAUACAGUAGUACUGCACACACAUUCUGGGCCUUUCGCAGUACUGCUGCAUUACAUGUUUGCAAGGGUAGUGCUUUAUUAACAAGAGGCUUCUGUUUCUUUUUGUUUUGAAUUGGUAAAUAACUUGCUGGCAAUGAUCAGUGUUCUUUGAGUUGAACAUUUCUGUAUGUUUUUUGAUUCAUAAGCACUUUGUUUUAAACUGAUAAUUGUGUCUGAUUUGUUUUUAUAAUAAUAUUUUCUGUAUAAUUUGUUCUGAAUGAAUAAAUACAGCCAUUUUUAGUUGGAAAAUAUAA